AUGGGCACAGCAGUGUUUUUGUGCCAAGGUGGGCGGAGGAGUUCCAGGGAAAGGAGACAUGAGAGGCCCACCCCACGACAAACAGGGCAGGAGGUGGACCAGCUCCUGCGAAAUUCAGACCACAUUGGGAGUCAUCAUUCUGUCCACAGAUCAAGGGAGGAGAUGUCGCACGUCGGAGGCCUCAUUGUCUGCUGGGGGCUGCUGGUACAGACCAUAGUGCAGCUGGAAGGUCUUCCCUUGCUUCCGGCCCAGCUUCCGGUUUUGCCACUGAACAAGGCCCUGUCCAGCCCUGUGAAGCAAGCCCAGCCCUUGCCUGCCCUGCCAUUGUCAGCGAGUCCAGACCUGCCUUUGCCUCUGAACCAGGCCCUGGCCUUGCCUGUGGGUCCAGCCCUGCCCACAGAUCCCACAGAGCUUGCUGGAAGCUUGACAAAUGCGCUUAGCAGUGGCCUGCUCACCGGGGAUCUAGCUGGCACCCUGGAAAACCUCCCGCUCCUGGACCUCCUAGGGACUGGAGGUGCCUCUGGUGGCCUGCUUGGGAACCUGCUGGGAAAAGUGACUUCACUGAUCCCCGGUCUGAGCAGCAUCAUUGAUAUUAAGGUCACCAAUCCCCAGCUGCUGGAACUUGGCCUUGUUCAGAGUCCUGCUGGCCAUCGCCUCUAUGUCACCAUCCCCCUGGGCCUGAUCCUCAAAGUGAACACGCCCCUGGUCGGGAACCUGCUGAAGCUGGCUGUGCAGCUCAACAUCACCGCGGAAAUUAUGGCUGUGAAGGACAGCCAGGGGAAGACCCGUCUGGUUGUUGGUGACUGCACCCAUCCCCCUGGCAGCCUGGAAAUCUCCCUUCUAAAUGGAACGGCUCCCCCGGCCAUCCAAAAUCUUGUGGACAGCCUGACAGGGAUCCUGACCAAAGUUCUUCCAGAUCUGAUCCAGGGCAAGGUGUGCCCUCUGGUGAACGGGAUUCUGGGCCACUUGGACAUCAGCCUGGUGCACGACAUUGCCCAUCUGUUGAUCAACAAGCUGGAGUUUGUCAUUCGGCUGUAAGCCUCCCCAAGCCAGACUGCGCCCUGCUACUCAGCCCAGCCUGUCCCACCCAGCUGCCUGGGCUCCCAGGGGUGGGUCCACGUGCUCUCCAAGAAACCUGCCCGCCCUGUCCCCAGUGGGUGUAACGUCUCCUCACUCACAAAUAAAGCUGCUCUGCUGCA